UUGGUUUGUGGUUUUCAGGUUCGUGAGUGCGAGACUCUCAUUCAGGAAUUAAAGGAAGAUGUCGAAUCUGAACGUAAGGCUCGCGAAAAGGCGGAGGAGGCCAAACGGGACCUUACAGAAGAACUCGAGUCCAUGCGCCUUGAGCUCAUCGACAGUGGCUCGAACAGUGUAGCCCAGACAGAGACUCUGCGCAAAUACGAGGGCGAGCUGUCCAGCUUGCGUCGUCAACUGGAUUCACAAACUGCGUGA